AUGGAAAAUUUCAUCGUUGGCUAUCCCGGACAUGAAUCGAGCAUUCGGGCCGCGAUGCUGGAAGUCAUGGGCCAAGAAAAGUACGACUUCUUCUUCGACCGGUGGCUAUACUACUUCUUCACCGAGGCCGACGCAAAGUUCUUCAAGUCCCUGGGUCUGAAUUGCAUCCGCAUUCCUUUCAACUAUCGGCAUUUUGAAGACGACAUGAGCCCCCGCGUGCUCAAAGAGAGCGGAUUCAAGCACCUGGACCGGGUAAUCGAGCUUUGUGCAAAGGAAGGUAUUUAUACCAUCCUCGACAUGCACACUGUCCCGGGUGGUCAAGGUCCUGGCUGGCACGCCGACAAUACAACGAGCUAUGCCGCUUUCUGGGAUUACAAGGACCACCAAGACCGGACGGUAUGGCUUUGGGAGCAGCUCGCUCGCCGCUACAAAGGUAAUCCCUGGAUAGCUGGGUAUAACCCCAUCAACGAACCCUGUGAUCCUAAACAUGUCCGUUUGCCCGCCUUUUAUGCUCGCCUGGAGAAAGCAAUCCGUGCGGUUGAUCCAGACCAUAUCUUGUGGCUCGACGGGAAUACCUUUGCGGCCGAGUGGAAGGGAUUUGACACUGUGCUCCCAAAUUGUGUCUACGCGCUGCAUGAUUACAGCAUGAUGGGCUUUCCCACCGGGCGUCCGUACGAAGGCACUUCUGAGCAAAAGGAGAGACUGGAGGCUCAGUUCUUGCGCAAGUCGGAGUUUCAGAGAAGGCACAAGACGGCCAUCUGGAACGGCGAGUUCGGUCCGGUGUACGCAAACCCCAGAUGGGACGAAAACGCCGAGGAAGUCAACCAGAAGCGUUACAAUAUGCUAGGUGAGCAGUUGCGCAUCUACGACAAGUUCCGAAUCCCGUGGUCCAUCUGGCUCUUCAAAGAUGUCGGCCUCCAGGGAAUGGUGUACACGUCGCCCGACUCGCCCUGGAACAAACUGAUCGAGCCUAUGCUGGAAAAGAAGAAGCGGCUGCAACUGGAUGCAUGGGGAAAGUACCCGUCCAAAGAGGUCGACGAUGUGAUGCUGCCCCUCAUCAGCUGGAUAGACUCGGUCUCGCCCACGGCGAAGAACGUCUACCCAUCCACGUGGAACACUGCAAGGCACAUUGAGCGUGCGGUCCUGCAGACCUUCCUCGCCGAGACCUUCUGUCAGGAAUUUGCCGAGCUCUUUCGCGACAAGGACACUGGCGCCUUGGAGGAGCUGGCGAAAAGCUUCAGCUUCGAGAACUGUGUGCAGCGGGAGGGGUUGAACAAGAUCAUGUCCGACUAUGCCGCCGUCGCGUCCAAGGCCAAACCCGCCUGA